AUGGAAGGUGUUAUUGAAAAACUAAUCAUUGACAAUAACACAAUGGAAGAGCGAGUUAAGGCGAAAGAAGCUAUAUUGAGAGGCGUAUUAUCAGGUAUUGAAUAUGAAUCAAGUGAUCGUCGGAUGAUUAAAGAGGUUCUAUCAGUUGCGCCAAAAGUUGUCGAUAAUCCUUCGUUUCUAUCACUGAAGCAGAGCUGGUGUGUUGGGUUCGAGGAUAGCAUUUGCGUGUCGUACGCAGCUAGAAACGCUUCAGGACGAAAUCAUAUGGAACCUACCUGUCAUUUACUAGAUAAUAGAGACAGCGUAGCUAGAUGUAUCGUGUUGGAUGAAAAUGGAUCAAGCGUGUCUUGCGUCAGAUCAGAUUCGUCUGCCGAUGUGCUGGUGGGUUUCUCAAAGUCGGCUUUCUUCUCUAAAUCAUCAUGCUUACUUCUAUUGGAGUUCAUCCAGCAACCUUCUCCUAUUAAAACUUCUGAUGGUAGUAUUGUGUCAAUUCCUCUGAUAACUCAACCUAAUACUGUAGAGGUGCACACAUUGGACGUGACUAUCCCACGUGCAUGGUAUUCAUUUGCCGACUUUAUUUCGGCUAAGGAACACGAUAUGCUAUUGCUGUUGCGUUGCUUGAGAGUUUGCUGCUACUGCUACCCUAUAAAACCGACUUCGUCUUUCGACUUCGCCACAGCAAAUCCCGAUUUUGACUGUUGUGACUUCGGCGAAUGGCAAGUGUUCGUUGGACAUAAAUUAAUGAAUGGUCUCGUCGCUCUGUCGUCGACCCUCGGCCAAUCGAACGGUAAUAUCGACUGCGUCUAUGGAUUAAACAUCGAGCUGUUGGAGCAGUUCCUUCGGAGAUGUAGCAACGGAAGUUGA